GAUGGAGGCGGGCGGGCGACCGCCCUGGGAGCCUACCCCUAUUUUCCCGCUUCUCCAGCCGAAGCAAGAGGCCUGUGCCCGGCGGGGUAACGAGCGUCCAACCCCGACCGGGGUCUAAGCCUACAAGCGGACACUAAGGAAGGGGCGGUCGGCUGCCCGGGCAGCGGGCCGCUCCGCGCUCCCGCCCCCGAGAGUCGGAUUUGGCGCCUCCCCCGCGGCGGCUGGAGCCCGGAGGUGGGGUCGGGAGCCAGAGCCCGGGGCUCUGAUGUCACCGCGCGGCCGCAGUCCAGGAGCGCGUCUCGGUUGGAGCUCAGGACCGCGUGGUCCCCUGCGCGAGUUUUGAGCCCUCCUUCCCCGACGGUGAACCCCAAAGACCGAGAAAUGCGCCGGCCGGGGGCCAUCCACUCUGCCAGUGUCCGCGAGGCGUCGCUCUCCUGCCGCACCGCCUGACUGUCGCCCCCUGUGGCCACCAGACGUGUGCAUCUUGCCUCCCUGACGCACCUCAACUCAGCUUGAAGCCCCAGGCCUCACAGAGCUGGCCAGCCUCCGCCCUCGUCCGAGCAGCCAUGGAGGCCCUGGGUCCCGGAGGUGACCGCACCUCCCCGGCCUCAUCCACUCGCAGCUUGGACUCGCGGGGGUGGUCUGCGCCCACCGACUCAGCCUACAGCUCUCUCUCUGCCGCCUCAGGCGGUCCUGAGCCUCCAGAGCCGCGCACGCCGUCGCCUUCUCCGGGGACCCAGCAACUUCCCUACCUGGACUGGGACUACGUGCGCGUGGUGUGGGGCGGCCCGGCCCCCGCCGCCGGGCUUCGCACUUCCCCACAGCCCCGGCCCGCGGCCGCCGCACGCAGUGGGCCUCGUCGCCCCGAAAAGGGGACCCCGGGACCGCUCAGCCGCCAGACCACCCCUCUGCUGUACGCGCUGGCGGCCGAGGCUGAGGCCUCGGCGCGGGCCGCCGAGCCGCCCAGCCCGCCCGCCUUGCGGGCCGCCUACCGCCAGCGGCUGCAGGGCGCGCAGCGGCGAGUGCUCCGGGAGACGUCCUUCCAGCGCAAGGAGCUCCGCAUGAGCCUGCCCUCCCGCCUGCGGCCCGCGCCCCCCGCGCGGCCCUCGGCCGAGCACCCGCGCUCCGCCUCGCUCAGCCACCCCGGCGGGGAAGUAGAGCCGGCGAGCUCGGGGGCUCCCACCCAGCAGCGGAAGUGGUGCUUCUCAGAGCCAGGGAAACUGGAUAGCCUGGGUAGGGGUGCUGGGUUGGCGAGGCAAUGCUCGGGAGAGGUCAGCUCCAGCUCUGGCUUCAUUAGGCCGGAGCCUCGGGAAUGGCAGCAGAGGACGCUGGCUGAGUUCGAAGGUCACCAGAUCAGAUGGCUGCCUGCGACCCAGCCCCCAAGCAUAGAGGACCCGAAACCCCGGCCCUUGAAGCUUGGCAAUGCCUACAGGCCUGCCGCCAGUCGGAGUCGGAGCGCUUCCGGGGAAGUCUUGGCCCCCUGGGGAAGUCCAGAAGGUGUCAUGCCCAUUGCCCAGGCUGUUCCCCAAGGAGCAGAAACCCCCAGACCACCGUUGCAGACCAAACUUAACAGGUUCCUGAAUCAGAAGGAAGCUACAGAAGUGUGUCCUGCAGAGGGCCCCCAGAGCGGUCCCUCUGACUGUGAGCAGAGGGGCUCAGAGAACUGCAUUGUGUCUGCUCGGCUCCCAUCCCUUCCUGAUGAUGAAGUUUUCCUGGAAGAAUCCCCCCUGGUCAGAGCAAGAUCACCUGCAGACUCCCAGACUCCCCUGGGGCUCCCAACCUGUGUCCAUGUCUCUGACCAGGAGUACGGCGCUGGCUUGAGUCAAAGGACUGACCAAGCUAUAAUCCCCCCAGAGCAGCCCCUCCAUGAGGACCCAGAAACUGCAGGGGUGGAUGAGUGUUGGCAGGGGUUAAACGGUUCUGUGAAUGUUUCCAGGCCUACAUGCUGUAGCCCCCCUGAGACUGCAAAUGGUGACAUCCUUACAUUUGACCCCACUGGACUGCUGACGACUGUUCCCCCCACAGCUGCAGAGACUGACCUCAAACCUUUCCCAGGUGAUACCCUGGGACCUCCAGACAAUGAUACCCCAGGGCCCCCUGACCACAGUGCCCUAGCUUGGGGCCCUGGGGAGCCUGGUCCCAGGUCAACAUGGCCCAGUCCACGCCUCGAGGAGCUGGUUCAGGAGCUGGCCAGAUUGGAUCCCUCUCAGAGUGACACUUUCCCCUCCUAUCCCAGCCCAGAGCCAUCCCUGGGUCUGCUAGAUGGACUGAUUCCCUUAGCUGAGGUCUGGGCUGCAAUGAGACAAGGCUGUAGGGAAGCUGGAGAGGAGGCUGCUGGUAAUUCUGAGCCAGGGUCCUAUCUACUUAACUCCACCCAGCACCUGCCAACUUCUCAGGAGGAGACAAGGCCUGAAAACCUUACCACCCACGUUGUGCCUGACCAACCAUGUGACCAGGGUACUUCAAAGCCAAAUAACAGCAUCCAAGCCAAGAAAGCAGAGCUGGCGGACCUCCUCCAAAAGAUGCUAAGGGACCUUCAGGCCGAGCAGAAGCAGCUGCAGGGAGCGGCCCAGGCUUGGGCCAGGCGCGGAGCUGCUCUGGAGGCCGCCGUCGGCCAGGCCUGUGCACCCCACGAGCUGGAGCGGUUCAGCCGGUUCAUGGCCGACCUAGAGCGCGUGCUUGGCCUCCUGCUGUUGCUGGGCAGUCGCCUGGCCCGCGUGCACCGCGCCCUGGCCCGGGCGGGUGCCGACAGCGACCCUGAAGAGCAGGCCUCUCUGCUGCAGCGACUGGGGCUCCUAAAGCGGCAGGAGGAAGAUGCUAGGGAGCUGAAGCAGCACGUGGCGCGGCGGGAGCAGGCCCUACGCGAGCUGCUGGCGCGCGCACUGCCCGCAGAGGAGCUGAGCGCCUACCGCACCCUGUUGGCCGGCAAGGCCGCCGUCCUGGCCCAGCAGCGCAGCUUGGACGAGCGGGUCCGCCUUAUUCAGGACCAACUGGACGCAGUCAGGAACGACCUUGGCCGGCAUCCCUCGCCUCCCAGGCCGGCCUUCCCCUCAGGGACCCAUCCUCCGGAUAAACCGCCCUUCCCCCCUCCCCUCAUCUAGUUACAGGUGGUGAGGGUGGGGAGCAUUGCCCUUGCUUCUCACCCACAUGAUUCCGGAUCACGCUGGUUUAUUCGGUGCUUUUCCCUUGGGGUGGGGAAGACCCAGGCCUGGCUUUGCCGGGGUACUUCUUCCAAGUGUUCUCAUGUGGUCUUUCCCAAGUCCUGUGGAUUAUCUGGUAGUUAACUGAGAAAUUUAAAAUCUGCAGUAUUCUCUCCUUCUGUGAUGAGAAAGAGUUUCAGUAAGGGUUGGUUGGAGGGAGAUGAGACAAGUCAGAGAAGCACUUCAACUUAAGAUUCAAGAGAUGCAGGGCGACGGGGCUGUGAGCUAGGCCCGAUCAGGCCCCUCACCGCCCUUCCCGUCUCCCUUCCAUCCUCAGCCCUAACCAUUACCUGCUCUUCAGGGUCGCUGGCCAUUUCUUUUCCCUCUCAAUAAAAAAAUUGAUGAAGUAAUACCUGGAGUCUGGCUUGGAGGCAGGGUUUGCGAAUUUCAAACACCUCCUGACUAGAGCAGAAUGGCUGUUUGUCAGAGGACAUCAGUCAGGUCUGGGGAUUCCUAGGAAGACUGAAAGAAACAGGCUUGAAAACAAGAGGGGCCAGGCAGAUGCUGUCACCAGUAGCCCCUAACUCUUCUGGUGACUGCAUUUUUACCACAAAACUCUAGACCUGAUUAGCAGAGUUCAGGUCUCUUUUGCUGGUUUUUACCCAAGCCCCUAACCUCAGUGGUAUAGUGGAAGUGGGUAGGACUGCCUCCCUUCAAGAUUCAAGGCACAGGGAACUUCCCCAAAUGGAAAAUGGAUUCAGAUGCUUUGCCUAAAAACCCUGAUGAGUGUCAAAUACACUUGGACAUUUGGGGAAAUUCAUUCACCUCUCCUUUGGAAGACCCUAUGGGGUCAACCAGGCUUGAGGAGGGCAGUUGGGAGGAUGGGAGCUGAAUGGGGAUGAGUCAUGGGGCAUCUGGAGACCUAUUAUGCUGGGGGGCUUAUGUCCUGGAGAUGCCAGUUUGGGGUUGGGCUGGAGCUGGGAGUAGGGGAAUAAGGGCUAGAGUGAAAUGAAACAAAUGACACACACACCCUCUGUGUAUCAUCCCUGUGUGCAUAGAAUCAAUGUUCUCCAAUAUACAUGUGAAAAUCUGCCUUAGUAUUUGGAGCUGCAAAGGCUGGGGACCAGAACACUGUUCAUGCAAAUACUGAGUGUGUUUUUGGAAGCUGGGCACCUUAAUAAUAAUGGUAUCUAAAGCCAACUGACCUCUUAGUGAGAAAUCUCUGCUUCUGAGCUCGUUUUCUGAUGCAUAUUGUCACUAAGUGCAACUGGUUGGGAAUUUUAAAUGGUUGUAUUCAUACUAAAAGCAUUAGUUAUAACAGUCGCGCUAUUGAGCACAGAACAAUGCUCACAUUGUGCCUUUUUAUAAAAAACAUAUGGGGCUCCUGC